AAUCUUUGAGGUGACCAGGACAAAAAUGCCACCAUCACCUGUGGUCAGGCAGGUGUCCAGCCAAGCCCCACCUCACUGGCUGGCCUCAUAAACCCUCUGCUGACCCCACAGACCUGUCCUUGCCUCUUUUCCUGAAACUAGCUCUGGAACAUUGUGCUCUCUCCUGACUCUGAUAUUCCUGUCCACCUGUUCUCCGGGCCACAGUCUCCUGACUCUGAUAUUCCUGUCCAUCCUGUCCACCUAUUCUAUGGGCCAUUGCUCUCCUCAAGCAGGGUGGACAGCUGAACCCACACAGAACCAGACUGUGACAGGGAGACCAAUACUGGCAUCUGAAGUGUCAUUGUCAAGUUCCUAAAGCCAAGCCAGAGAUGACCUCACAGCCUGGGUGUCCCCUCUGGGACACACAGUACUAGUUUGAUGUCUGACAGGCUGUGAUAGAUGCUACAGCCAUGCCAUGAAAGUCUAGGAGUCAGAAGGUACCCAAGUGGGGUUUAUCUCAAGGGGUUUCUGGCCUCUCCCCACUGCCUAACCCUGACCUCCUCUGUCCCCAGGCAGGGUUUGGGCACCAUGUCUGCUCAGGGCAACCACUCCGAGGUGUCAGAGUUCAUCCUGGUGGGCUUCCCAGGCUCCCUGGGGCUCCACCUAUUCCUGCUGGUGCUGUUCCUGCUGGCCUACCUGCUGACUGUCACAGAAAACCUGGUCAUCAUCACAGUGAUCCGCUCCAGCCCUGCACUGCACAAGCCCAUGUACCUCUUCCUCAGCAACCUGUCCUUCCUGGAGGUGUGGUACAUCUCUGUCACGGUACCCAAGGUGCUGCUCAGUCUUGCUGCACCCCGGUUCUGCCGCAUCUCCUUUUCAGGCUGCAUGGCACAGCUGUACUUCUUCUUAGCACUGGCCUGCACUGAGUGCUCGCUCCUAGGGGUUAUGGCCUAUGACCGCUAUGUGGCUGUCUGCAACCCCCUGCGCUACCCAGCUGUCAUGAGUCCUGGUCUCUGCAGCCUCCUAGCUGCGGGCUCCUGGCUCUCUGGCUUUGCCAUCUCCCUGGGGAAGGUCUUCUUCAUCUCCCGCCUUGGGUACUGUGGCCCCAACGUCAUGAACCACUUCUUCUGUGAUGUAUCCCCACUGCUGAACCUUGCCUGCUCUGACAUGUCGGUGGCAGAGCUGGUGGACUUCCUCCUAGCACUGCUCAUCCUGCUGGGGCCCCUGCUCCUCACCAUCUUCUCCUACAUGGCCAUCCUCAGUGCCGUGCUGCGCAUGCCUUCUGCCGACGGGCGGCAGAAGGCCUUUUCCACCUGCGCCUCACACCUAGCCGUGGUGGUGAUUUUCUACUCAGCCUCCCUCUUCAUCUAUGCCAGGCCACGUGCCAUCUACUCCUUCAACUACAACAAGUUGGUAUCUGUGGUGUACACAGUGCUCACACCCCUUCUCAACCCAGUCAUCUACUGUCUGAGGAACCAGGAAUUCAAACAGGCCUUGCGCAGGGUGCUUCAGAGAGCAGCCCAGGUGCUGGGGCCUCCUACUAGACAGGCCCUGGGGGUUCCUCCUAGAUAGACCCCAGUCUUCCUCCUACACAGGUACUGGCAUCUUUCCUUCAGGGAUCAGCAGGAGGGAUCAGCACACCCUCCCCUCGUCCUUGAGUUCUGACUCCCAGCACCUACACCGCCAGCUACGCACUCCCUUGCCCAGAAGUAUGGACAUGGCUUAGCUCCUCAAGCUCUCACCCUGAUGCCCCAGUGCCAUGCAAGAGCUGUUCUAACACAGCAGCUCUUCCCAACUGACCAUGGUUUAUGCUCAUAUCAGCAGCUCUUUCCCUCCUUAGGGGAGCAGAGCAAAGACUGGUAUCAGAUGACGACACUAGAGUACACAGAUCCUCCAGCCCUCACAUCACACAGGGAGUAGAGCUCCAGUGAGCACACAAAUCCUAACAUAGGGAGUAGAGCUCCAGGGAGCACACAGACGCUCCUGCCCAGCAUUAGUGACCUCUGCCUUGUGGCCCCUCCUCCACAGAGACCAACUACCUAAUUGUUGUUAUCAAGAUAGUACAAGGAGGGGGCAGAUAUUGCUUAGGAAGGGGGAGGGCAGAGGAGACAGGACUGAGAAUGACCAAGAAUUCUUCUAAACCAACAAGAUUCUCAGCUACCUAAUGCCCACUUGAGACUGACAUGUCCACACCAGCCCCAGAUGUAUUGGGGCCAAUAAAGUAAAUGAGGCAUGGAGCCCAGGCUCACACAUAGUCUAGUGAUCCACCAGGGAUUCCCACUCAAUGCCUUGGCCUUCAGGCCCCUCCUUGCUUUCCAUGGCCCACCAGACCACAAAACACAGAGCCCU